CUUUAUCUCCGCACGAGUGCAGUCGUGUAUUUUCUCUGCGGCCAUAUAAAUUUUAUGAUUCGUUUAAUAUAAAUAGAAAAUUUGUAAAACUUAUUUAUAUACGAACUUUUAGGAUAUUUGCAAUUAUUUGCAAAUUUCCCGAAAUGCUUAUACAUUAAUAUUGCAAAAUAUUAAUUACUUUCUCAAUUGUAACGUAAGACUGAUUUGCCAACGGAGCGCUAAGGCAAAUUGCGUAUUCGCUAAAAAUUUUUCUUUAGUGUUUUUUCAAAUAUAAAAAAGUUAUAUUAUGAACGGAAAGUAGAGUUUUUAUUGUACAAAGUGCAAAUUCUCUUUUUGCUUUACGAACAUUUGAAAUUUUUGUUAAAUAUUUUAAUAAUUGUUCGAAACUGCAAUAAUUGAAUUGGAGAAAACGACGAACAGGAGGAAGUAGCAAAGAAGAAAAGACGUAGGAAAGAGGGCGUGAUAUAUUCUGCCUCGAAUAUUAAACAAUAAAAAUACCAGGCAGCAUAAAGGCAACGAUUUUAAAUUAAAGCUUUCUCAUUCUUGGAAAUGAAAAAGCAUUUAGUCAAAUAACUUACGAAAUUGUUUAUAGAAACGCGUCGAUAAAAAUUGUUUGCUACACAAUUAUGGAGUCCAAAAACGAAACAUCACUUCUUUCAUGUGACAUUAAUUUUAUAUCAGACAAAUCCACAUUGUUUGUUACAAAUUUGGACAAGUACGGUCCGUAUCUUCGAUUUUCCGGUUACCGCAAUCCAGAAGAUUUACAUCAAAUAACAUCAAAAUUAAAAGCAGUGGUUGCUAAUUCAUUACCUAUUGAUUCAUCAUGGCAUCUAUCGCGUCAAGAGGAAUUAUUUCGUCCUGACAAGUUGUUUAUAUAUAAAAAAAUUGUCGAUAAAACUGCAACUGAGGUUGAUAUAAAACGUGUACGCAUAAAAAGUACUAAAAUAAACAAUAAUAAACUUGAAAUCGAGGCAGACUUUAUCGACUAUGGCUACACUUCAAAUGUGUUUAGCAACGAUCUACUUAUGCCAAAUUACCCUGAAGCAUUACAAAAUAUACCUAGUACUUGUGUGCAUUAUAUUAUGUUAGGUAUAUGCUUAGAUUGGACCAAAUCACAAUUGCAAGAGUUAACAGUAAUGGUUAAACAUCAAACAAUAGAUAUACAUGUAUCAGCAGAGUAUAAAGAUGUUAAAUUUAUCACUAUAAAAUGGAAAGGAUUUGAAUUACCACAGUACUUAAUACAUCAUAAAAAAAUGGGGGCACCUAUUGUUAACGAAUUAUUGUUUGAAAAUUUUAAAAAGAUAUACAAUGAAAUUCCAUUUUUCAAUAGUAAAAUAACUGUUCAAAAUGAAAAUAGUAGUUGUAAUAAUAACAAUUAUAUUGCAAAUAACAAUAAUGUUUAUAAUGUUGGAAAGAUAAAAGUAGCAAAAACUAAUAAUACUAACCCAAACAUGUUAGAUUAUUCAACGCAUCAUCAAUAUCAACAUCAUGGUUUUUCUGCUCGUUCACCAUAUCCUCCAGUACCUAUGCAACUAUAUAUGAAAGCGGCCAUAAAUAAACGAAAUGAGAUAGUAUAUGGAAGACAACAAUGGAUGCAACCAAUGCGUUUUUAUUAUCCAAAUUUUCAAAUAUCGAAUAGCGAACGGUACCCACCACCAGAACCAAUAAGAGAUGUAUAUGAAGUACAAAUAUCAGAUAAUACACAUAUGAAUUACCAGCGUCGAAACAAUUCCCAUCUUAAAAGGGAUGUGGCACAAAUAAUUUCGGCUGCUACUAAUAAACCUCUACACACUAAACAGUCGGCAUUCACGUGUACAAAUCUUCUUGUUGGAACAAGUUAUAAUGUUUCCGUUAGUUUUGUCGAAAACGGGCCUUGUUUGUUUUGUGUACAACUGGCUGAAAAUGAAGCAAAUCUAACAAACAUGAUGAAUCAAAUCGAAAGUAUAAAUCAUAGACGUUUAUCAGUCGAACCUACAUUAGGAACAACAUGUAUUGCUCGUUACGCUGAAGAUGGUCAAUUCUACCGAGCUCUUGUCAUUGGUGUACAAAAGUUUGGAUACAAAGUAUCUUAUAUUGAUUAUGGUAACUCGGCACUAGUAAAUAUCAAUGAUAUGUAUGAAAUUCCUGACAUUUUUCUGCAACAUGAACCAUAUGCUAUGAAAUUUUCAUUAUCGUCUAUUCAUGAUCUGGAGCCCAUAGAUGAAAGCUUAAAAAAAUCGUUCAAGGAUCUAGUUUUAUAUAAGAACUGUGCAUUAACUGUUAUGCCAGUUGAAGGUCCGCCUCUAAUACAGUUUUGUGAUUUAUACAUAGAUGGUAAAAGUGUAUUUAAAAUUUUAAAACAAAUACAACAGUCGCGUUUGGUAUAUCCGCCGGCCGAAAAUUUAGAACAUAAAGAAAUGGUUGAAAUUCGAUAUAUAGAAUCGCCAAAAAAUUUUUAUGUACAAAAAAUUUCAAAUAUAAAGAAAUUUGAAAAACUAAUGGAUGAAAUGUUCGUGUAUUACAACACUAAUCAAAAGAUACCAAUUCCUCUCAUAUUGGGUGCGCCCUGCAUAGUUAAAUACGAAAACGAGUGGUAUCGUGCUGAAAUUAUGCGUAUUGAUGAGAAGGUAAUUGUUGUUCGUCAUGUAGAUUUUGGUUAUGAACAAACGGUACAAAUAAAUCUUUUAAGUACCAUUGCUGAAGAACAUUUGAAACUUCCACGACAGGCUGUACAAUGCUGUCUUAAAGGUUUUGAAAAAACUGAGUUGAUUAAAGAGAACCUUAUAACGCAAUUCGAAAUGUUAGCGGAGGAAACUAAUAGACAUAGACGUUCGUUUACUGUGCAUGUAUUUCGUAUUGAACCUAGCGGCGUGAAUAUGGUAAAUUUAACAUCUAAGGAACUUAAUGUUAUGAAAAAGCUUUACAAACUCAACAUACCGUUUGAGAGAUAUUUAACAUUCGAAAAAGAAGGGUUGCUUCCAAAAACUAAUAAGCAAAUAAAUCAGAAAAAUUAUAAUGUAUCAUCCGUUGCUUCAUCGAGCGAUAUUCAUUCGUCAAUAUCUUCAGAUAAAAAAGGACAUGUAUUAACUUCAACAGCAUUAUUAAGUGAAAAGCAGAUCCAAGAAGAAGAAUAUGAGCAAAAGCAACUAGGCCAUCCUAAACAAAAUAAAGUUAACAUACAUCAACGCAAAAACUUGAAAAAUAGUAAUAUUAGUGAUUGUGAAAAAUAUAGCAAUAGCAGUUCAAAUGAUAAUAGGUCAAAAAAUAAUUCUCAGCACUCUAAAAAUCAUAAUAAUGUGAAUGAAUUUUCCAAUGAGAUCCGGAAUAAAAAAACUCAACUAGAUUUAAACAACAAAGCUCAUGAGCACAAUGGUUUUAUAAAAGACGAAAAACAUCGAGCAAAAACACAAGCAACUGGACGUUCACCGAACUCAUCACAAGGUUCUUCACAAAGCAAAAAACACGCAAAACAAACAUCACCAUCUGAUUAUUGUAUAGAACAAAAGAGAGUUGAAGAAUUUAUGAGUCUUGACUUCUCAUUCCCUACAGAAAAUAUAAACAUCCCAAUGGAAGCAGAAGUUAUUAUUUCUUGGUGGGUUUCCCCGCAUCUGUUUUACGUGCAAUUUAAAUCUACAAUUGAAAAAUUUAACAAAUUAUUAACUGACAUGAUUGGCUUUUAUAAAAAUAUGCCGAUUCAUAGUCUUCGAUGGAAAAGUGGAAAUUCUGUAAUUGUUCGAGGGCGUAAAGACAAUCUAUUCCAUCGUGCACGUAUUAUAUCUGCUACUCCAAUGCUACGAAGAUAUAAAGUAUUUUGUGUUGAUACCGGGAAUAUUAUUUCUGUUGGACCAGAUGAUAUUUUUAAAGUUGAAAGACGAUAUUCCGAUAUACCCUGCAUAGCUCACGAGUGUGCAUUGCAAAAUAUAUUUACAAUAAGCGACAAAUAUAUUAUAUUACAAGAAGUAAAAAAUAUGUUAACAAAAAAUCCGAAAGUUAUGUGCAGCUUUAUAAAACACAAACAAGGAAAAAAUGUUGUCAACAUAAAAGUGAAUAAUGUCUCACUUAGAAAUUCUCUAAAAGAUAAAGAUUUUAUAAUAGAUAAUCCUGAUCUGGCUAUAAACCUUUUAAAAAGUCAACAGAUACGUGUAAAAAUUUGUCAAGUUAAUAGUUUGUCCAGCUUUAAAAUACAGUUGGAUCAUACUGAUCCACAAAUACAGGUGACAUGUUCUUAUUUUGAUACAAAAUAUAUGAAUUCAAAUAGAACCCUAGAUGAUAAAUUUAGAGAAUUUUACAAAAGUAAAACAUGCGUGGUAGAAGUUGUAAAUGUCGACGAUCACAAUGUAUGCUUCUUGCGACCUCUGGUUCCAUUAUUUAAACCAGAUAUUCAAACUUAUAUAUGUACAUAUCCCAUUGUAAAAAAAUAUUAUGAUGCUCGUGUUGUGCAUAUCAAUAGUCUUAACCGCUUACAUGUCCACUGUGUUGAGCAUGAGAGAGAAAUAAAAAAAAUGUCUGCUGAAUUGUUCGAAGCUUAUGAAGAAAAAGGCGAACUUUUAUCAAAUUUUGGUGUUGAUCAAAUAUGUGCAGCAAAAUCUUCAAAUGGAAAUUGGUGCCGGGCACGUAUAGUUUCAACACUUAAAAAAACAGUGGAGCUGUUUUUUAUAGAUUAUGGUUACACAGAAAUACGUGAAAGAAACUCUGUUAAAAAGCUGGAUAAACAAUUUUAUGUUAAUAAAUCCUCGUAUGGAAUAGAAAUAAACCUACCAGUUAAAUUAUCAGAAACGAUAAGUGAUGCAAAAAAGAAUGAGUGCUUGAUUAAAAUGCAAGAUAUAUUAUUGAAUAAAAUAAUAAGUUUUGAACCUAUCGAGAUCCGAAAAAAUCGACUAAUUGCGCAAUUAAUUUUAGAAGAGAAGUCAGUAAUAGAAAUUUUGAAAUCUCUCCAAUUGAUUGAAGCAGAAAGUUUGGAAUAUGUUCAGAAUUUAAUUAAUAAAGAAAAAUCAAACAAAUUUAUUUAUAUAGAAACAGUUGAUUUGACACAAGAUGAAUCAGAUACUGAUGGAGCAGGUUCAGAAAAGAAAACUGUACAAUCUGUGGGAGAACCAGAAGCAAUUAAGAUGACUAAAAAUAUAAAUUUAACUAAAGGUUGUGAUGAUAUUACAAGAACUCUAUUUAAUCCAGUUGAAGAUGUGGUACCGAAUGAACCAUUAUAUAUACCAAAUAAAGUCUUGUAUACCAUAAAACAAGAUUCAAUUAUUAAGAAACCAGAAAUAAAUAUUAAACCAAAAAAUAAUCCCUAUGAAAAUAUGGAGCAGGGACAACUUGCUCACUGUGAUAAUCCUACGCAAUUUUAUAUACAUCCAAAAUGCAAUCUUGAAACACUGCGAAACUUACAGGAGAAUUUACAAAUUAUAUCAGCAUCUUUACCACCAUUAAUGCGUAUAAUGGAUGGCGCGAAUUGUAUUUCAUUUUACUCAGUGAACAAACAAUAUUAUAGAGCAAAAAUAAUUGAUUCUGAACUAAUGGUAAUUAAGUUUAUUGACUAUGGUAACUCUGAUUGUGUUACUGACACAACUGAUGUUAAAGAAAUGAGUGUAUUUCCCGAUAUGGAUCCACUUUGUAUUCCAUGUGCUUUACCAAUAAAACCAAAAGGAACAACAGAUUGGGUUGACGCAGCUAACUCUAUUUUUAAUGAUUCCUAUAAUAAGUUAAUAUAUUAUAAGUUUUUAACUCACGGACAUGAAAAAAAUAGUCGAUAUAUUGAUCUAUAUAUAGAUGAUGUAAACGUCGCCGAAAAACUUAUAGAAGUUGGUUAUGCUGUUCCGUUGGUAGUUGUAACAUCAAAAGAGUUAUGCUAUAUAUCGCAUAUAAAUAAUAUAUCAGAUUUUUAUAUACAAUAUGCAAAAGAUCGUAAAACUUUGGAACUGAUUGAAAUGUUCUUGGCUGAUUAUACAGCUUUGCUAGAAGUAGAAACAUUUGAGAGGGAUAAAAUUGUAGCUGCGCUCUUUCCAGAAGAUGGAAUGUGGUAUAGAGCCAAACUGUUGGAAGAAACUGCUGAUAAAAGCUAUAAGGUGUUGUUUAUUGAUUAUGGAAAUACGUGCAUUACACCACAGUGUCGUAUUGUAUCAGAUACAGUUUCGAAAGUACCAUCGUUAUCAAUAAAAUGUUCUCUGCUAUCUGAUAAUAGUUUUAUUUGCUCUGAAGCCACUGAACAAAAGUUUGCAGAUUUAAUUACUAUCGGUCAGAAUGAAUUUACAAUCGAAUUAAUUGAGCCUGCAGUUGAUCACGCUAAAGUUAAUUUGUUUGCAGGCGACCGGAAUAUAAAGGAGGAACUCGAAAUAUUUGACAAGCAGAAUAAUUUAUCGGGAUUAGAAUCAAACGCUGCAUUAAGCACAAGGCGUGUGUCACGUGAGUGUGUCACACUUGCAGAUCCGACUAACUCCGAUAUCGGUGAAACUAAUGUACAUAAAAACACUGAAUGUUAUCCACAACCAUAUGCCACCCCUAAAAUUUCCAAUAAUCUUGAGCCAAGUAACUGUCUUUUAAAUCCGAUUAGUAUGGCUGGAACCGUAUCACAUAUAAAUUCAAUUUAUAGUUUUUAUGUACAAACCAAUGAGAAUUUUCUACGGGUUAAAGAAAUGUCAGAAAAUCUUAAAUUAUUAGCACGGGAUUCAAUGCAGGUACUAGAAAUUGGCGAACUGUGUGCAGCCUAUUACGAUAAGAAUAACACAUUACGUCGUGCGCGUAUUUUGGAAAUAUUACCCAAUUCUGAAUACAGAGCACGCGUACAGUUUAUUGAUUAUGGUAAUUGCGCUGAGAGCAGUGAUAUUCGAAAUCUCCCACAACGAUUUAAGCAAUUUCAAGAAUUAUGUAUGCAUUGUAAAUUGAAUAAUGCAGAUAUGUUGCAAAAUGUUAAUAAUUCGGCAGAUAAAAUGUUUAAAAACCUAACUAAGGCGUGUAAUAGAAAUGUCAAAAUUGAAUAUUCCAAUGCAGACGAUAGGCCAAUUGCAGUCCAAAUUUACUCAGCCGAAACUGAUGACAAUUUAAAUAGCCAAUUGGAAGGAAUAUUAAAUAAAUCGCAAAAAUUUAUCGAACAAACAGCAAAACCUAUUGAUGCAGAACAAAAAGUGGUCCGCACUAUUACCAAAGCUGAGUCAACAUGCCACAUUACACACGUAGAAUCGGCAACAAGCUUUUAUAUUCAGCUGGCAUCAAGCGCAUCGUAUUUAGAACUAAUAACGGCACGUCUUGAAAAAUCUAUUGCUGAUAAAUAUGACCUUGUUACUGUGCUUGAGAAUGGAAAAAUUUGCUGUGCUUUUAUAGCAGAAGACGAUUUAUACUAUCGUGUUAAAAUUGAAUCUGUUUCUUCUGAAAAUAUCAGAAUAUUUCUAAUUGAUUAUGGCUACCACAUGAUUGUAACACAACUACGCGAAUUACCUAGCGAAAUAGUUGUAAUCCCUCCAUUAGCGUUGCAUUGUACAUUGAAUGUAUUACCAGAAGCACCAACCGAACAAAUUGACAAAUGCUUCCAUUCACUUGUCGAACAACAUUUUGGCGAUUUUUUUCAGAUUGGUGCAAAUAAAAAGGAUGAGACGACAGGCAAGCAUGUGGUUAAGCUACAAACCAAUUAUAAGGAUCUAGCAGAUGAGUUAGCAGAAUUAGUUAGCCAUAGUGAUAAAAAUAUGAAAGCAGUAUCUACGAUGCCUGUACUGCACGAAUGCAUCGUUAUAUUCGUGAAUUCCAUAAAUUCAUUUUACAUACAACUUAAAAAAGAUAUACCAGCAAUACAACGUAUUACUGAGAAGUUGGCUUUUGCGGAAAAAGAAUUCAAACUAAUAACUGAAUUGAAAGUUGGUAUGAUUUGUGCGGCGUUGUUCCCUGGUGAUUUAUCCUAUUAUCGUGCCAAAAUUGUAAAAGUGCUCGAGAACGGCAAGUGUGAAGUACAUUAUUUAGAUUUCGGAAAUAAUGCCGAAUGCGAGACAUGCUACGCUUUACCUGAAAGUUUAAUUGAAGAACAACGCUAUAGUAAGCAUUGCAGUCUCGAUGAAGAUUUUACUGCGAGGGAUGAAGUUAGCACAGAGUUUCAAAACUUUGUUACGUCUAACUUCAGUCAAACAUUCCAAGUGGAGUUUCUGAAGACAACAGAAGAUCCAUAUAUAUGUCGGAUGUUCUUCCAAAAAAAAAUUUUGGCUGCAGAGUUGUUGAAGCUUAUCAACAAUGAACGAAAUAAUGAAAAUAUUGGACCAAAAGUAGCAGACACCGCUACAAUCCGUCCAAACGUCUAGAAGAACUGCUUUAAAUCUGAACAACUAGAAGUAAAGCAAGAUUUAGCUAACUUAAAAUAUUAAAUUUUAUUUAUAUGUAGUAUAUUAUAUACUAAUCAAAUUAUGUUUUAAGCUAAAUCUUAAUAAUAAAAUAAACUUGCUAAAGGUUUUUUAAAAAAAUCUCCCUUUUUGAAUGUUAAAAUUAUUGGUGAUAUUCGAUAAAUUUUAUAACGAAAAAUAAAUACGAAAAAUAAGUUUUUUUUAUAACUAAGUUUUUAUAAAAGCGGUUGUCAUAUUGAAACAAUCAUUAAGUUGUAAAUUAAAUUAAAAAUUUUAUGAAAUUGUCCUGAUGUCCUUUAAGGAUUUUAAUUAUAUAAAUUUUAUUUAAAAUCAAAAUACAUUGUAUUAUUUUGGGCACUGAUUAAAACAAAACAAAAAAAAAAAUUAAAUAUUUGUAAAACGAAUUCCAAAUGUGCUAAAACGGAAAUAAGAAAAAAAAAAACAAAAAAAAAUUGUAAAAAAUGAUAAAAUAAAAAAAAAUAAGUAAAAUAUAAAAAAUUCACAAAAAAAAAAUACUUGCAAAUAAAAAAUUAUAUUUGUUCAAGUAUGAAAAACUUAGUCAAACUAACAAAAAUUAAAUACGCGAAAAUGUAAGUGAGAUUGCUCAAUUUACGAAGAAAUUUUGAAAACUGAAUUUAAAAUGCUCAUGAGUUAAAAACUAUAAAGAAGCAAAAUUUAAACGUUAUGAAUAUCAGAAAACACAGAACAAUAAUUUAUAAAGUUUCUAUACAGAAAAAUUAAUAUUGAAUAUUUUAGUAGUUUUUGUUUGUAU